GACACAGUCAAAUCAUUGAAGUCGACUCGCGCUUGCGGGGUUCCAUCCUUACUCGUGUCGACACGUCCGCCCUGCAAGUAUAUAUUUGCCUUUGCCUCUACCUUGAUCACGGACUUUAGAAUCUUUGCCGGUUGCCGAACAGCAUCGCGGCGAUCCAGGAGCGGGAAAAAUGCAGAGCCAGGCUCACGGGCUCCACGGGGGCGCUGGCGCAAGGGUGCAGCGGCAAGGGCCCACAGGCGGUCUUCCACGCCCGGCCGCUGCCGGCGCUGCGGCGCUGCCUCGACGCAGGCCACACGUGCUGCCCGGCGGCCUCACAGCCCUGAGCGGCCACCUGGGGCCUUGCCGCUCGUCCAGCCGACAAAACCCUAGCAGCAACCCUGACGGGGCGCCACAGCCGUCCGAUGCGUCCGCCGGCCGCGUGUGGCUGAGCCGGGCAGGCGGCGCGUUGGCCGCAGCCGCGGUGGCGGUUAGCCUGCUGGCGGGAUCUGCGGGCGCCGACACGCCACAGCCAGUAGCACAACCGAUGCCUGCGGAAGUGCGCUUGCGUGACGAGCCGUCUGUCAGCAGCAUCAGCAGUAGCAACAGCGGUGUUGUGUACCACGCCCACCGCCUAAGGGCCGGCGACGGCGCGAGCAGUGGCAGCAGCGGCAGUAGCGCAGGCGGCCUGCUGUGGCUACGGGCGCAGCCGCAAGCCACGGCAGUCGGCAUUGUGGACGCGAGAGCGGGGGAUGGCAGUGGCGACUGGGCGGCGGUGUUUCGGACAGGACCCGCAGCGCAUUUCUCUGUGGCGGCGCCACAGAGCGCCACCGGCUCGACAGGGCAGCACGAGUCCAGGGGCUGGCUGCGGCAAGCAGCAGACACGCAGGCAGCAGCGGCAUCCGCUUCUGCCAUCUCCUCCAACCCAUCGGUAGUGCCUGUGGCGCGCUCCCUUGAGAGUGCACCCUCGGACGCGCCGGGGCCGCUCUCCUUCAGCCUACCCGGCAGCGGCAGCGGCAGCACCUCCGCACCUACGUUCCGUGUGUCCGGGUCGCAUAUCCGGGCACAAACGGACGAAGGCGAUGAGGCCCGGGAGGAGCUGUGGGUGGGGCCAGGCGGCUUGACGACUGGGCCUCGCAGCCAGACGCUGAGCGAGACGGCGAGCGAGGCCGAGGAUCGGCUGCUUGAGGCGGCGCGGCAGCUCGAGGCGCGGCUGGAGGCAAUGUUGGGCGGCGCGCUCAGCAGCCUGCCGCCCGUGACGUCCGUCAGUACGGAUGCGUCGUCUGCCACCAAGGCCGCGCACGCGAUCAUUCGCGAGGUGUGGGAGGUGGUCGACUCCAACUACCUCGAUGCCCGCUCCACCGGUUUUAACCGUGACCGUUGGGCCGAGCUGCGGGAUGAGGCGCUGGCGGGCUCGUACCGCGACACGGCGGCGGGCUACAGGGCCGUACGCGACAUGCUGGCCCGCGGCCUGUCCGACCCCUACUGCCGCUUCAUUGGCCCCGCCGAGCUGGACGCCAUGAAGAAGUACGACGUCAGUGGCGUGGGGCUCAACCUGGGCACCGCCGCCGAGUACGUGGUCAAGACGGGCAACGAGCUGCCUGCUCCGCGCGACCCCGCCGUCCCGGGCGAGGGCGUGUACGUGGUGGGCGUGUCCAGGGGCUCUCCCGCCGAUGUGGCGGGCAUCCGACAGGGCGACCAGCUGCUAGCCAUCCAGGGCGAGUCGCUGGAGGACUCGACGCCGUUCCGCGCGGCCGGACUCAUCUCGGGAGCCACGGAGGACGCCGAGGCACAGGCGGACGGCGCAGGCGGCAAGGGCGGCAAGCGGAAAGAGGACCUUGUGCGCGUCAAGGUCCGGCACGGGGACGGGUCCGUGCAGGAGUGCGAGCUCAAGCGCCCCCGCCGCACCAUCCCCUCCACCGUGUCCACCUCCCUCACACGCAGCGCCGUGGCCCUGCCCGGCGGCGGCCGCGGCGAGGAGCUGGUGGGCACCGUGCGCCUUGCCGCCUUCAACGCACGUGCGCAGUCUGACGUGGCCACCGCCAUCCGGCAGCUGGAGGCGGGCGGCGCCACUCGGCUGGUGCUGGACCUGCGCGACAACCGCGGCGGGCUGGUGACGGAGGGGCUGGAGGUGGCGCGCCUGUUCCUGGACGGCGACGCGCCCAUUGUGAUCACGGAGCGCCGAGACGCCCCGCCCGACACGCCCCUGGCUCCCGGCCCGCCGCUCACCAGCGCCCCGCUGCUGGUGCUGGUCAACAGCCACACCGCCUCCGCCUCGGAGAUCGUGGCGGGCGCGUUGCACGACAACUGCCGUGCCGUACUGGCUGGCGGCCGUACGUACGGCAAGGGCCUGAUCCAGAGCGUGUACGAGCUGAGUGACGGCAGCGGGCUGGUCAUCACGGUGGGGAAGUACCUCACACCGCGCGGCACCGACAUCGACAGGUACGGCAUCAUGCCGGACUACAGCAGCGUGCCGUCCAACUCCCAGUACGACAGCGCCGUCAAGGCCUGCAGGCUGACGGCGCCGCCGGUGGCAGCGGCCGCGGCCGUGGCGGUCCCUUAAGUGGACUACGGCUCGCGUGCAUCUCAGGGGCGCGGGUGCGGCUGUGGGGUGCGGCCGUGUGGGCAUUCGUCUGGACACUGGCCGGCCGCCGGCGCUGUCCCGGAGGACGCUGUUGCUUGCGUGCUGUGCCGCUUUAGGGUGCUUGCAGUGAAGAUCUGGUCGGGUGUGUGAUGUGCAGACGUGCAACUUUAAGAGCUGGUGUGCGAGCCGUCGCUGGCAUACGGCCUUGCCUUCAUGUGCCCUCAGUCUACACGAAGAUGGGGCAGUCGUGCUGGGACGAUGGUAGCGGGACGUUGCAGCAACGGAUAAAGGAAGUCAAGUAGACGCGGUGAAACUGCGAAAGGCAGAUGAGGAGUACAGAUCGGACAUCAGGCGUAGAUUGCGGACCCGUGCGGACCAACCCUGCUGCUCAGCCUCCCCUGCUCGUGAUGGAACAUGGCAAGGGGCAGGAAAGCGUAGUCCCGAUGUGUGUGGCUCCCACCCGUGCCCACAUAAAUGCGUUUGACUGCCUCCCCUGCUGCUGCAGUGCUGCAGUCAAAAGCACAAGACGAGCAUUGCUGUGAAUGCCCCCGUUUGAAAGAGCC